CGAGAGUCACACUUCAGAUGUGCAUCUCAUCGCGAAGCUUUCCCACCACGCCUCCUACAUACUACAUCAUAGCACACACACCAGCGCCAGCUAUCCAAUAUGGACCCUCUCGUCAACCGCCCGAACACUGUGCCUCAGCGCCAAAGGCUCUACCAGGCUGACCCUCGUCCAGUCUACCAGCGCCUUCCCCGAUCCCGUCUGUACAUGGGCGUCUUCUUGACCCUCUUCUCCGCUGGCAUCUGGGGAACCGUCGGAGGGAUCUACAAUGCUGCGCACGGCAAGAAGGAGCCAGGCGCACCCUGAUCCGCCUGCCAUCGCCCGUCUCGCGACACGACACGUUGAAUAGAUUCAUUGCCUCGCAUUCCCACCUCUCGUGCUGCCUAUGUUGGUCGGCCUACCUACAGCACAUUGACGCUGCUUCUCUCGGGCCCGCCGCUGUUUUGGGUCAUGGCUGUUGAGCAUUCCAUCCCUCAUGCUUUGGUCUCUGGCAAAAUGUGGUCUGGUUGCGAGGAACGCCGUUGCCUUAUCAACGCUCCUUUUGCGUUCUGGUAGCGGCAUUGGUGGUGGUGAGAAGAGAGCUGCUGCUGCUGCCGACGUCUAGAUCACAGCCAAGAGCAAUUGCGCCAUCAAGGAUGCGAGCGCACACUGAGCCUGACCUGUUGUUGAGGUUGCACGGCAUCUUCGACUUUGAUAAUCAGGUGACGCUGCUGGUACUGCACAUGCGAUAUGGAGGGAGUGGCGCCUUGUGCCGGAAGCGGAGGAC